GAAAAAGGGGUAAAUGUGGUAUAUCUCUCGUGCAAGCUCUUCUUCUUCUUCUUGCUCUCUGUUUGUGUGCGAGUUCCACAUUGUGGCUUCAAUGCUCGUUCUUUAGGCUCCAUUUCUCUUCAGAUGAAAAUUCUCUCCUUUCCAAUUUACCCGUUUCAUUAGGGUAAUUUUUUGAAACGUAAAGAGGAAAAUUAAGUAGAAACUGAGGAGAAUGGAGAGCGAUUACAAGCCCCAUUUGUCCACUAAUGAUGAUUAUCAUAAGAAAUGUGAGGCUAUGGUGGAGCUGGAAUCUGGGAAAUUCGGUUGCUCGCAUUAUAGAAGGAGAUGCAAGAUCAGAGCACCUUGUUGCGAUGAGAUAUUUGAUUGCAGGCAUUGCCAUAACGAGUCUAAGAACUCAUUGGAAGUCGAUCCUGUUGAUCGCCACGACGUUCCCCGCCAUGAUUUGAAGAGGGUGAUCUGCUCCAUGUGUAGUACAGAGCAAGAUAUUCAACAGAACUGCAUUCAGUGUGGGGUUUGCAUGGGGAAGUACUUUUGUUCCAAAUGCAACUUCUUUGAUGAUGAUGUUUCUAAGAAGCAAUACCAUUGUGAUGAGUGUGGUAUAUGCAGAACUGGGGGCAAGGAGAAUUUUUUCCACUGUAAUAAAUGCGGAUGUUGCUAUUCAAUUAUGUUGAAGGAUUCACACAAUUGUAUUGAAAAAGCAAUGCACCACAAUUGCCCGGUUUGCUUUGAGUUUCUGUUUGAUACUACAAAAGACAUUACUGUCUUGCGAUGUGGACACACUAUACAUUUGGAAUGCGUAAAAGAGAUGGAGCGUCAUUUUCAGUACUCAUGCCCUGUUUGCUCAAAAUCCUAUUGUGAUAUGUUCCGUGUGUGGAAAAAACUUGAUGAGGAGGUUGCAGCAAUGCCUAUGCCUCAAACAUACCAAAAUAAAAUGGUUUGGAUCCUCUGCAACGACUGUGGGAAAACGUCAGAGGUGAAUUUUCACAUCGUGGCUCACAAGUGCUUAAAAUGUAAAUCCUACAACACAAGGCAGACACAAGGAGGGCCUAUUUCAUACUCAUCUAGGAUUGCUGAGAGGGUGCAGUGACAUAUUUUUUCAUGCUCGAUAGGAUUACCAAGACAGUGAGAUGAUCGACUUAAGUUAUCUGAGGUAUCACUAUCUCAAGGUUCAAAUGCAACAGUUCCAUAACAGCAGGGACUUCUACCUAAGGGGAAGAGUGGGGGUAUUAAUUUUUCUAUUCCUCUCUUCCUUUGUUGGAUAUGUGCAUUCCUGGGCUUAUAAUUAGUUACUCUAAUAAAUUACCUUUUCAAAGAAUGUAAUCCAAUGUACUUCGGCUUUACAGAUGUAGAAAUGCAGUUUGUUUUUAUUUUGAGAUUUUGAUAAUCAUGUGUGUGAUCCAAGAAUGAAUCAUCAUUUUCUCUUGAAAAUAAUUUGGAGAGGUAAGACAAAUUUUUAU